UUGGAAAAUGUUGGGUGAAUUCCGGUUUUGACUUUUUCAAGCCUUGGUGCCUGUACACUGUGUGCCUGUCUCCAAGUGUGUCCCACUUACUGUAUUAGUCGAGUCGUGACAUUCCCGGUCUCGUCUCUCUCACUUUAUUUUCUUUUGCCAUUUAUUUUACAUUCUCUUAUCCUUUCCCUACAACAAGAAUUGUGUUUCUUUAACCAUGGCGGCAAGUGCCAAGAGAAAACAAGAGGAGAAACACCUGAAGAUGCUACGGGAGAUGACAAGCCUACCGCACAACAGAAAGUGCUUUGACUGUGACCAGCGCGGCCCGACGUAUGCGAACAUGACUGUGGGAUCCUUCGUGUGCACCUCCUGCUCAGGAAUCCUACGUGGUUUAAAUCCACCUCACAGAGUAAAGUCCAUUUCUAUGACCACCUUCACACAGCAGGAAAUAGAAUUUCUUCAGAAACAUGGAAAUGAGAUAUGUAAACAGAUUUGGCUAGGAUUGUACGAUGAAAGGUCUUCAUCCAUUCCUGAUUUCAGAGAUCCUCAGAAAGUGAAAGAAUUUCUACAAGAAAAAUAUGAGAAGAAAAGAUGGUAUGUUCCACCUGAACAAGCAAAGGUUGUAGCAACCGUGCAUGCUUCCAUAUCAGGUUCCUCAGCGAGCAGUACUAGUAGCACUCCUGAAGUUAAGCCACUUAAAACGCUACUUGGGGACACAGCACCUGCCCUACAGUUAAAUAAGAGUACACCAAACCAGUCUCCAGUUUCUGGUCGCUCUCAAGACCAGCAGCAACAGCCGCAACAACAACCUGAGAAGAAAUCAUUUGACCUCCUCUCUGACUUAGGUGGUGACAUAUUUGCUGCUCCAGCCCCUCCACAGUCUACACAUUUUGCUAAUUUUGCACAGUUUAACAGCUACACAGCCCAGAAUAAUGCAGACUUUGCAAACUUUGAUGCAUUUGGGAAUUCUAGUACAUCGAUUAAUUUUGGAGCUGGUUUCCCCACAGCUGGUCAGACUGCUUUCCAACCCCAGAAUACAGCGUUCAGAACGCUUUCAUCCAGCUGCAGUUUUGGUGAAUUUACAUCAGCUUUUCCUCUUCAGCCUACACACAGUGGAAGCAGUGGAUCAGCUAAUGCUAACUUUGCCCACUUUGACAACUUUCACAAAUCUUCUAGUGCUGAUUUUGGAGCAUUCAGUUCCUCUCAAAGCAGCGUGGCAGCAACAACUGCCAGUAAAGCUGUAGUAAAUACACCUAGCGUUCCUUCUGUGGAUAAGUAUGCAUCCCUGGCUGAUCUAGAUAGUGUCUUCAGUGCUGUAAAAACUGGACAAGGUACUACUGGACAGAUGAGCAAUUUCAAUGCUGCCACAGUAACAGCAUCUUCUGCACCUGUUCCCUCUGGAUCUGCUGCGGGUCAGCUUGGUUCAUCAGAUAAAUAUGCCGCUCUAGCAGCAUUAGAUAAUGUCUUUGGAACUACAGUGCCAUCUAGCAGUGCAUUCAGUUCAACGACCAGUACAGUCAGCAGUGUAUUUGGAGCAACGCCGGGUGCUGGAGCAUCUCAGACACAGUCGAUAGCAUCCAGUGCUGGUGCUGCAGCAGCCUUUGGAGUAGCUGCAAACACGAAUCCUUUCAUGUCUGCCUCUGUUACCCCAGGAGGAAUGCCUACAAAUCCCUUUCAAAGUAAUGGCAGAACAGCAGCAGGUCUCCUGGGAGCAGUACACAGCCAGGCCUUUCAUCCAGCUCAUUUUGCAGCUACUUUUGGCACAGCAUCCCUGAGCAUGCCUGCAGGAUUUGGACCUUCUGCCACGUACAAUCUGCCUACCAGUUUUAGUGGUACAUUUCAGCAGCCAGCAUUUCCUUCUCAAACUGCCUUUCCUCAACAACCAGCUUAUCCACAGCAGCCUAAUGGUGCAACUUUUGCAGCAUUUGGACAGGCAAAACCAGUGGUAACUCCAUUUGGCACAAUGGCAGCACCUCAAAUGACUAGUAACCCUUUUAUGGCAACAGCUCCAACUGGACAAUUCCCUGCAGGUGGCUCUUCAACAAAUCCUUUUUUAUAGCCUUAAACAUUUUGCAACAAGAACUCUUCCUUGGUUACUUACAUUGUUGGCACCUCUUGCACUGUUGUCUUGUUUCACUGAUCUUAGCUUUAAAAAGAAGAGAAGUCUUCAAAGGCCUGUGUUAUGUAAGAGAGCAAGAUAACGAGUGUAAAGUAAGGCCUUCAUUCACACCCCUUAUUUAACCUAUGAAUUGGCCGAUGACCUAGCCAGCUGUAUCAUAUAUAUUGAAAUUGGCUAAUUUUAAGUUAUUGCAGAUACCACAUUCAUUAUGCUGCAGUACUGUACAUAUUUUUCUUAGGAAGUUAGCUAUUUGUGCAUAUCAGUAUUUGUAACUUUAACAAUACAUGGGUGAAAAUGUUACUACAGGAAGAAAAUGAUCAGCCACUUUGAGUCUUUGCUGCUGUUUAUCUGGGUAUGGAUGACCUAAAUAUUUUUUAACAAUUGCAGUUUAUAGCUAAGAAAGAAACCCCAUAUGUUUUAUUAAUUUCUCAAAUAAAAUUAAAAGACUUUCCUUCCAAAUGAAUACUCAUAUUUAUAUGCAGUUACAUUCUAAGUAAUGUUGCAGGGUACCAGUCCACAUCAGAACUGAAAAAGCUGAUAUUGUUUUGCUACAAAGUUUGCAGGUGAAGAAAAUAAAUUAAUAUGCAAAAAGUC